AUGCAUCUAGACAGCACCAAGCCAUCGUCGUCCAAGACAUUCUCUUCUAAGGAGGAAGCCUCCAGCUCCAAGCCUUCAGAAGAGGCAGGUCAAGAAGGCCCGGCGGAAUCGAAAGGCGAUGGUACUGCAGCGACUCCAUUGGAAAAUAUCCCUUCUAUGUGGGACGACGUCGGCUACCUUGCCCCCAACUUCAAGCCCUCGACCUUGAAGGUCGCCACCCUCCGGAAUAUUCUCUGUCGUCACAACGUCCCCUACAGCUCUGCGGAUACCAAAAAGACCUUGGUAGACAUCUUUGACAAGCAGAUAACCCCCCGGGCAGCUGCCACAUUGACGGCCAUGGGCAAGACAGCCCCUAGCAGCGAAGGAAUCGUGGAUGUUCAGCAGGGUAACUAA